AGAUAUUUUAUGUUUAGUUCUAAUGUGAAGUUCAAUUUGAUCACACCAUUUCUUUAAUUCUUCGUUUGAUAUCGUGGGUGUUGAGAGGAUAAAUUGGGAUGGAACCCACAAAUGGAGAUAAUUAAAGGAAAUGGUAAUGAAGGAUGUUGGUUCCAAGAAUAACCAGCUUGUUGAAUCGGUGUCUGACGGCCAAACAAUUGAAGCAACUUCAUGGAUUGAUGCUUAUCCAUGGCGUUAAUCAUCUCGAAGGAAUGGUAAUUCGCCAUCUUAUAAACUCUCGAUCUAAUUACUCUCAAAGUAUUGCUCAUUAUCUUCAGUUAAUUCUUUGCAAUUCAAAACAACCAGAUGUGUUUUCAACAACAUUGGCUAUUCGGUAUUUCUGCAAUAAUGGUGGGUUUCAAGAAGCCUUUAAUCAGUAUGUGCAGCUUCAAAAAUCAGGAUUCUUACCUUCCACAUUUACUGUUGCAUCUGCUUUGAAAGCAUGUGGGAGGCUUGGUGAUGAAAAUGGUGGGAUCAUGGUUCAUUGUCAAGUUCAUAGUUAUGGGUUUUGUGGGGAUGUUUAUGUGGAGACUGCUUUGGUUGGGUUCUAUACGAAACUUGGUGAUAUGGAGACUGCAAAGAAGGUGUUCGAUGAAAUGUCUGAAAGAAAUGUAGUGUCUUGGAACUCGAUGAUAGAUGGGUAUUUAAGGUCAGGGAAGUUAUCAAAGGCGGAAGGGUUUUUUUCCGGCAUGCCGGACAAGGAUGUUGUCUCUUGGAAUUCUAUGGUUUCCGGGUAUUCAAGAAUCGGGGAUAUGGAGAAUGCGUUACGUUUAUUUCAAGAAAUGCCGGAGAGAAAUCCGACUUCAUGGAACGCUAUGAUCAGUGGUUAUGUGGAGUGUGGGAAGAUAGAUUCAGCGCGAAACUUUUACAAUUCGAUGCCCGAAAGAAACACGAUUUCUUGUAUCACGAUGAUUGGUGGGUACUCAAAGUGUGGAGAUGUCGAAUCUGCAUGUGGAUUAUUUCGUGAGAUGGGUAAGAAAGAUCAUUUGUUGUAUAAUGCUAUGAUCGCUUGUUAUGGUAAAAAUAGUCGACCGAAAGAAGCACUCCAACUGUUUGAUGAAAUGCUUCAACCAAACGUAAACAUUCAACCCGAUAAAAUGACGUUAGCUACUGUCAUAUCCGCAUGUUCCCAAUUGGGAGACUUGGGUUUUGGCUCAUGGAUCGAGGACUCAUACAUGAAACAAACGGGAAUUCCUAUGGACGAUCACUUACGUACCGCCUUAAUCGACCUAUAUGCAAAAUGUGGUUCCAUUGAUAAAGCUUUCAAGCUGUUUCAUGAGUUGCACAAGAAAGACGUGGUCGCUUAUACCGCCAUGAUUUUGGGUUGUGGCAUCAACGGGAAGGAACAAAUUGCCAUCAAACUGUUUGAUGAAAUGCUUGAAUCAAAAAUCAUCCCAAAUUUAGUCACGUUUUCCGGGAUUUUAACGGCAUUAAGUCACGUUGGUAUGGUGGAAGAAAGUUACCGUUGCUUCAACUCCAUGAAAAGGUACGGACUCGUGGCCACACCCGACCAUUAUAGUCUCAUGGUGGAAAUUCUAGGCCGAGCAGGGCAGCUAGAGGAAGCACACGACUUGAUAAAGAGCAUGCCAAUGGAACCACAUGCUGGGGUUUGGGGUGCAUUGCUUCUUGCGUGUAGUACGCAUAAUAAUGUCGAGUUGGGGGAAAUUGCCGCCAGACAUUGCUUUCAAUUGGAAGCCGAUAGCAUCGGCUAUGGCUCGCUUCUUGCUAAUAUUUACGCAAGCGUUGGGCGGUGGGACGAUGCUAAGAGGUUGAGAACGUGCGUACGUGAAAAGGGUUUGGUUAAGGUUCCCGGAAGCAGUUGGAUGGAUCAUGUGCAAGAGUUUAAAAACCAAACCAAACGGAUCCAAUAAGUCCCAACUGAAAGAAGGGACUUGCAGGGAUGAAGUGAACACAGAUCUGACCUCAGUAGAAUGGUUAAGGUUCCUGGAAGUAGUUGGAUGGAUCAUGUGCAAGAGUAAAAACCAAACCAAACAGAUCCAGUAAAUCCCAACCGAAAAAAGACUGACAAAUUGAAGCGUAUACAGAUCUAUCUCAGUGGAAAAUGGUUGUUUCUAUGAAAACCCUCUUCUUUUGCAAAAGUGUUAGCAAACAGGAAGUAGAAAUAAAG